AUGGAAAUACACUGUAAGCACGACCCGUUUGCAUCCAUGCAUAGACAUGGAGGAGUGAAUCAGCUUGGGGGGGUUUUUGUGAAUGGACGGCCACUCCCGGAUGUAGUCCGCCAAAGGAUAGUGGAACUUGCUCAUCAAGGUGUCAGGCCCUGCGACAUCUCCAGGCAGCUUCGGGUCAGCCAUGGUUGUGUCAGCAAGAUUCUUGGCAGGUAUUACGAGACAGGAAGCAUCAAGCCUGGGGUAAUCGGAGGAUCCAAACCAAAGGUUGCCACGCCCAAAGUGGUGGAGAAGAUCGCUGAGUAUAAACGCCAAAACCCCACCAUGUUCGCCUGGGAGAUCAGGGACCGGCUGCUGGCGGAGCGAGUGUGUGACAAUGACACCGUGCCCAGCGUCAGUUCCAUCAACAGGAUCAUCCGGACAAAAGUACAGCAGCCACCCAAUCAGCCGGUCCCAGCUUCCAGUCACAGCAUAGUGUCCACAGGCUCCGUGACGCAGGUGUCCUCGGUGAGCACGGACGCGGCCGGCUCGUCCUACUCCAUCAGCGGCAUCCUGGGUAUCACGUCGCCCAGCGCCGACACCAACAAGCGCAAGAGAGACGAAGGUAUUCAGGAGUCUCCAGUGCCAAACGGUCACUCGCUCCCGGGCAGAGACUUCCUGCGGAAGCAGAUGCGGGGCGACCUGUUCACGCAGCAGCAGCUGGAGGUGCUGGACCGUGUGUUCGAGAGGCAGCACUACUCCGACAUCUUCACCACCACGGAGCCCAUCAAGCCCGAGCAGACCACUGAGUACUCAGCCAUGGCCUCGCUGGCCGGAGGUCUGGACGACAUGAAGGCCAACCUGACCAGCCCCACCCCUGCUGACCUCGGGAGCAGCGUGCCUGGCCCACAGUCCUACCCCAUCGUGACAGGCCGUGACUUGGCGAGCACGACCCUCCCCGGGUACCCUCCGCACGUCCCCCCCGCCGGACAGGGCAGCUACUCAGCGCCGACGCUGACAGGGAUGGUGCCUGGGAGUGAGUUUUCCGGGAGUCCCUACAGCCACCCUCAGUAUUCCUCAUACAAUGACUCCUGGAGGUUCCCCAAUCCAGGGCUGCUCGGCUCCCCAUACUAUUACAGCGCUGCUGCCCGAGGAGCCGCCCCACCCGCAGCCGCCACCGCCUAUGACCGUCACUGA